UACCAGCAAGCCUCUGUUUUGGAAGAUGCACCUGCUUUGUGCUUUCCUUGUGUGGCUCUCUCUUAGCGAUGGCCUAAGUCCUAACUGUCCAGGACGAUGCAGCUGUGAUUCCAUGCAGUCGGUUCAAUGCUACAGGCUCAUGGAGGUGCCAUCAGGCAUUCCUUCCACCACCAAGAGGCUCUACAUUAGCCACAGCAGAAUCCAACACCUCCAGCUAUCUUACUUCACUGGACUGUUCGCUCUGGAAGAUUUUAUUCUGCUGGCCAGUGGAACAGAGUCUGUAGAAAAUGACACCUUCAAAACUCUGAGUAUCUUAAAGACCUUAGAACUUUUGAAAAAUAAGUUAAGACAAGUCCCCAGUGGCCUCCCAGCCAGUCUUGAAGUGUUAAAAUUAAACGACAAUUCAAUACGUGCUCUACAUGAAUCAGAUUUUGAAGGACUGAAGAGAUUAAAAGUCCUUGAACUCAAAAACAACUUGAUCUCUUCCCUGUCUCCCAGCAUGCUAUCCUCCCUCAUCAGUUUGCAAAGUUUGAUGGUGGAUGGUAACAAUAUAGAGUCCGUAGCUGGACCACUGGCCCUUCCCCAUCUGAAGCACAUGAGCAUGGAGAAUAACAAACUGCGUCUUAUUCCAGGAAACUUCUUUACUUUUCUGCAGUCUUUGCAGUUUCUCAGUUUCAGUGGUAACUUUCUUACUAAAAUGCCUAUGAAUCUACCCAAGUCCUUGCUGUCUUUAAAGAUGGAGAGAAACCAGCUCAAAGUGGUUAGGUUUCGAGAUAUGAAACACUUGGAGACUCUUUCCCAUCUUUACCUGUCAGAGAACUUCCUGACCUCUAUCGAAGGGGCACAGCAGCUUGCCAAUUUAACCACUCUUGAAGUGUCCCAAAACCAGCUUCAAAUGUUGCCUGUCAAACUGCCUGCAAGGCUACAAAAACUUGACUGUAGCAGUAACUUGAUUCAGAGAGUUACAGCACAAGACUUCCAGGACCUCAGAGACCUGAAACAUCUGUUUCUGGACAAUAAUGCAGUCAGCCUGUUCGAAGCCGGAGCCCUUCAGAAGUGUUCUCAGCUGUCCAACCUGGCUUUAGAGCAGAAUCUGUUGCUGUCCAUACCUCUGAGGCUCCCUAAGACCCUAGCCAGGCUGGACCUAAAGGGCAAUGCCAUCCAGGACAUUGCUGAGAGGGAGCUCAAGGACCUCAAGCAACUUCAGGUCCUAAACCUGAGGAACAACAAGAUCUCUGCCUUAGACCUCAAGGUGUUGGAGGGUCUGCCUCGCCUCAGGCACCUGUACCUGGAUGGAAAUCCCUGGAACUGCACCUGCAGCCUGCUAAGAGCCAGGGAGGUCCUGAAGGCCAAGGGCACAGAUGUGAAAGGGGGACAGUGUGCAGCCCCAGCUGAACAACAAGGGGAAAGCUGGAUGUCUUCCAAGAAGAUCAUGAGACAAUGUGAACAUCACUUACACCAGAAUGAAAAAGGCAAAGAGACCAAAAAGAAGUUAAAACCAGAAGACUCAUCCAGCAUCAGACCCAGUGUGGAUGACGAUGAUUAUGAUUAUGAGAUAGACUAGGGGAUGAACCUUGCUUACUCUUUAGAAAGUGAUUUUUAAUGUUCAAUCUCUUAAGCAGAGAUACACUGUAAUUUAGAUAUAAACUUCCUUUGUAAGUGGUUUUGGGUUUUUAAAGUUUUUAAAAUGAAAUGAGUGUUAAGUUGGAAUGGUGGGGAAAAGUAGAAAGAAACAAUAGAAAGAUGUAAGGAAUUUCCAA